AUGGUGGUGCUGACAAUUGCAUUUCUACUUUCUUUCUUCGAAAAUGAGAAUAAAUCCGUUUCACGAGGUGAAAAUCACUUCAAAUCUAACCAUGUGGAAAGCUUUAGUGCAAGUCAAGGUUUUUUGAAGGGCCAGGUUCACGCUAGUAUGAAAAAAAAAGUGUAUAAUGUGACGGUAAGUGAAAUGCGGUAAAUGACCACCAUUGAAAUGAAAGCUUAUAGAAAAAUACUGUUAAACUUUGUUUAUUUUAAUUUUCUUUUGAGAUAUACCUUGACCAAAACAAUGCGAUUAAAUCGAGCGAGUGCGAGUGCGAGUGUCCAUGGGGAGCUUAUAAAUGUAGCCAUGCUGCAGCUCUGUUCAUCUAUGGAAUUUAUAACUUGAGUUGGACUGAUGUUGAGUGUUCAUGGAAAAAACGGAAUGCACCUGAUAUUUCUCGGAAAUCUAUUUCUGAAAUGUUUCCUCCAACCAAGCCAGGAUAUACAGCCUUACUCCGACAACCAAAUCAAGGCGAUCAAGAAGCGCUGUAUUCAGAAUUGCGAGCGUAUGGAAAGUUCACUGGCCUAUGCUGGCUGUUAAGCCCAGAGCCAAAACAACUGGGGGAUCUGUCUGUCUCAACAGUGGAAGAGCUAAUUUUUUCCGAGGAAUUUCUCACUCUAUCUACUGCUGCUGAACAACUAGAGUUUAUCAGACGAAAAUUAAAGGUUGAGAGAGAAAUUGUAAAUCAGAUCAGCUCUUUAACUGUCAGUCAGGGAAACAAUCCCUCCUGGCAUUUAGUGAGGAAGAGGCGCUUGACUGCAAGCAAUUUUGGCUCCGUCAUCAAUGCUAAGAGGGUUACCCCAUCCCUUAUUAAGCGUCUCUUGGGGGAAUAUGACAUCUCACGUGUCAAAGCUGUGGCAUGGGGAGUCACAAAUGAGGCUGAAGCCAUCAAAACAUUUACUGCCAAAACUCAUCUUGAAGUUGUUGAGACUGGGGUGUGGCUUGACGAGUCAGGCAUUCUUGGAGCUUCCCCUGAUGGAUUAGUGGGUGAAGACCAUGUUCUAGAGGCGAAGUGUUCCUAUACAUUCAGAGAUGCAAGUAUUGAGGAAGCUUUGAAAAGUGACACAUUUUGUUUGGAGAAAAAAGAGGAUGGAUCGUACUCACCAAAAAGGAAUCAUGUCUACUGGCACCAAGUGCAAGGGCAAAUGUACUUAGCCAAACGAAAUUACUGUUACUUUGUUGUUUGGACAAAUCGCUGGUGUGUAGUUAAUGAAAUCAAGAAGGAUCCAUCCUGGGAAGAAAACCUUACCAGGCUCAGGGAAUUUUACUUUAAACACCUCUUCCCCAAAAUUGUUGAGGGAGAACUAUAG